UCCCGGCGUAAGCGGGCUUUUCUUGCAAACUCCCUCGGGCCGGCAAUCGCUCCGCUGAGCCAUCACCUCGGCGUUGCAGACGUAUCCCUCGGGGCCGGAGUGGCUCUCCGCGGGCUCGGCUAUCUCCUGGGCUCGUGCCUUUCGUCUGCUCAGCUACCCAUCGGGGCGCUGAAUGACCGGAUGGCUCGCCUCGGCGCCGCCACGGCCGGCAUCGGAUUGCUCGCAAUAGCGAUCGACGCGGCGCAGACGUUGUGGGCGGUUAGCGCUCUCUGCUUCGGCCAGGGGCUCUGCGGCGGGUCUAUCGACGCCAUCGCCAACGCCGCCAUCUCCUUUGUGCAUGGAGCCGACGUCGCUCCUUGGAUGCAGGGUUUACACUUCUGCUUCAGCGCCGGAGCGCUUCUUGCUCCCGUGGCCGUGGGCCACAUGGGGUACCCUGCGGCGUUUCUCGUUUUCGGCCUCCUCGCCCUGCCAACCGGCGCUGCGUGCUGCCUAACCUCAAGCGCCACGGCCGCCGCCGCCGCCACUUCCUCCGCCAUUUCUACAGUGCAAGGCGUGGACGGAGGAGGCAAGCACCACGUGCUGGUUGACGAAGGGCUGUUGUCCAUGUCGGAUGACCAGCAGGAGGAAGAGGGUGGUGGUGGAUUGCCGGCGGUGACUCUCGCUUCCCGGGGAACCGUUGAGAUGGUGCAAGGUACAGGCUGGGACCCUGCUUUCUCUCACAUGCACCCGAACGACAAGCGAAUCGAACGUCACGAUUCACCACCGGCCGCACGAAGGCAAAGCGAGGUGCAUAGCGGUGGCGGACGUGGUGGCGCUCUCGCUACACGGCGGGAGGAGGAGGAGGAGGAGGAGGAGGAGGAGGACGCCGGCGGGGAGCAGGAGGCACUGGCGGAGCACGGGCGUGCUCGCUCGCUGUUGUUGUCACGUGAGGAGGUCGACCGCCAGUCCAUCUCAGCAGCUGAGGGCCAGCCGAUAGACGGACAGUCCUCCGCAGAAGACGCGGAGCAGCCGUUCCGCUUGGAAGGGCACGAGGGUGGGGGUAAGCCGCCGCCACCGCCACCGCCGCCGUUUCCCCUGGUUGUCCUGCUGGUGCUGUUCUUCUUCCUGUACGUGGGAAUCGAGGUCGGCUUUGGCGCUUGGGUGGCCGUCGUUGUGCUUCGCGACGAUCUCGCCGGGCAGGCAGGCGCGGCCCUCAUGGCUAGCUUAUUCUGGGGAGGGAUCACGCUAGGGAGGCUUCUGGCCAUACAACUCGCCGUUCCGUUUUCGGCCGGUGUUCUUUUGACGGUGAACCUGGUUCUAGGGUUGCUCUCAUCAACAUUGCUGUGGGUCAUUGGAAGGGAUGGUUUUGUGUGGGCGGCGAUGGGAGCCGCAGGUUUUGGAUUGUCCAUGGCCUCCACGUACCCUUUGGCCAUGUCCCUGCUACCUGAAGCUGGAUACGCCCUUUCGGAAAAAAACUCAUCCCACUUCGUGGUCGGGGGUGCUCUCGGAGAGAUGCUGGUGCCCGCGUGCAUCGCGUUGCUUCUGGGCCCCAGCGGUAGCAGUGGCAACAGCAUCGGCGACGGCGACGGGGAGCCCGGGCGGUCCGACGCGCUGUACGGCGCCUGCUUUGCGAUCUCGUUGCUCAUGGUGGCGGUUUACGGCACUUGGUGCAGCCUUCUGGCUUCGUCGGCCGCAACGGCGGCGGCAUCAUCAUCGCCGUUGCGCUAGGAUAGAUGGAGGAGACAGGGCGCGGUGGGGAGUGGCGGGAAAACAACGAGUUUGUAAAGUGUCUCGAAGGGCUGGAUACCUCCAUGUUCUACAUGUAGUCUACAUAACUCCGGCGGCGAACCAUACUCUUGUGUGUAGAUAUCAGCGUUUAUUGCCACCGCCGUACCAUAAGUUCUCGCUUCCGUAGAGCUGCGUGCACCAUACAAGCCUCCACCCCUUCUCCCGGGAAAAAUACAAAAAGGGAAAAAACGGUUGAAAACAGGAGACACGAGCGGUAGUAGCAACAGCUGGCUCAUGGAGAUUCAAUCCACAACAAACAGUAGCAUUGACACGUAUCAUCCGAACAUUGGUUGCCUCCAACGGACUAUCUUGCGGACUGUCUUGCUGUGCCAUGGCGCUUCUUCUAAGGUGCGAGGAUAAGAAAGAGUGCUUGUGGUAGGCAGAUUAAUAAUCGUGCACUUGUGCAUACUUGUGUUCAAUCAAGCUCCCGA